AUGAGUGGAGGGGUUUAUGGUGGUGAUGAAGUUGGUGCUUUGGUUUUUGAUCCGGGUUCGCACACAUUUCGAGUUGGUUUUGCUGGUGAAGAAUUUCCAAAAGGUGAUAUACCAAGUCAAGUUGGUGUGCGUGAUGUCUUAGAUGAAAUAGAUGACACCGUGGACCAAACUACUCAAAAAGCAAAAAUGAAGGAUUAUUUUAUUGGGCGGACCUUUGUUAAUGUUCCACGACCAAGGACGGAAAUUAAAAGUUACAUGAAGGAUUGCAUGAUUGAUGAUUGGGAUAUUUUCGAGCAGUUGGUCGAUUACUCAUAUAGUCGUAUUUUAUUCUCUGAAAGCCAGUACCAGCCUGUACUGUUUUCCGAAGCUGCAUGGAAUACAAAAGCAAACCGUGAGAAAUUGACAGAAUUGAUGUUCGAGAAAUACAAUGUUCCCACGUUUUACGUUGUUAAGAAUGCUGUUCUUUCAUGUUAUGCGAAUGGUCGAACAGCUGGAUUAAUUCUGGAUAGUGGUGCUACACAAACCUCUGCUGUUCCUGUAUUUGAUGGAUAUUGCAUAACACAUGCAGUGGUAAAGCAGCCAGUCGGCGGCGACAUGAUUGCGGAGCAGUGCCGUUUGAUGCUAGAAGAACAAAAGAUUGAUCUUGUCUCUUCUUAUAAAAUUGCAUCAAAGGAAGUGGUUAAUGAAAUGGAGCCGCCUAUAUGGACUGAGAAAAAAAAUUUGCCUGAAGUUACGAAGAGCUACGAAACAUACAUGGAAAAGCAAAUUCUCGAAGAUCUCGCAGCCUCGGUAUUACAGUGUUGUGAUACUCCUAUAGAUGUUGAAUUUGCCGAAAAACUACCAUCGUCACCGUUUUGCUUUCCAAAUGGGUACAGUAAAGAAUUCCAAGCAGAAAGAAUCAAAAUUCCAGAGGGCUUAUUUGAUACGACAUAUUUGAAGGCAGUAAAUACUUCCUCAAUUAUGUCAGUCUCGCAGAUUGCAGCUACAGCUUGUGGAAUGUGCGACAUUGACAUACGACCGACGAUGUACAGCGGUUUGAUGGUGACCGGUGGUAACUCAUUAUUGAUGGGUUUUACUGAGAGACUUAAUCAUGAUCUUGCUCACAAAUGUCCACCGACGAUAAAGCUAAGAGUUUAUGCGGCGCCAACACCAAUGGAACGACGAUUUGGAGCAUGGAUUGGCGGGUCCAUUUUAGCGUCUCUUGGUGCCUUUCAACAAAUGUGGAUCAGUCGGGCGGAAUAUGAUGAUGAGGGAAAGUCGAUUGUUUCAAAGAAAUGCGCAUAA